CACCGGCUUCAGUCGAACGCCGUUCUCUCGUUUGUGCGCGUGCUCCGCGCCACUGUGCGAGUUUCUGUGUGUGUCGUAUCAUAAUAAUAUCACCUAUCUAGAAUAGUCCGCGCGACGUCAGUUUGUUUGCCGGUUUGUUUGUUUUUUGGUUUUUUCCUAUACACGUCCUCCUCGAGUCCAGAAUAAUAUAGUUUUAUAAUAUCAGUUUUGAAAUUAUUAUUCAUUUCGUGAGACAAAAAAAAUAUUAGGUAUUAUGUAUCGCGUUAAAUCAAAAAUCCGCGCUUAAGCCGCGGCGUUACGUGUGCGAACGUGUGUUGUGUGUGUGUUUGUGUGCGCCGCGUCAGUGUAUCGUUCAAAUUUGGAUUUUAUACGCCUACCACGGUUGUGGUGAUGGAUUAGAGGGACGUGGGGCAUCCGUUCCCCGAGUGCUGAAGGUUUCAUUCAAAAGCCGACCGAUCGAAGCACAUUGAACAAUUAAGACAAACGAUGUCCUUGCAGAUGCCGGUGACGGAAGACACGCCUCCCGACAUGCUGUCUGGGGCAAUGGAUCUGAACGUGAUUCUGCCUAACGGUUCCGUGAUCAAGAUGAGCGUCGAGAGAAGCACGCCAAUGAUGGAUUUGCUUGUGCAGAUCACCACUGCCCACAAACUAUCGCCCGGCAGUCACGCGUUGCACGCCAUCGGCGACCGCGGGGUCUUGCCGUACAAACCCAGCACUCCUAUCGGUGCCCUAGAUACGUGGACAGUAAACAUUGUUCCUAAAAACUUAAGUAAAAAUGGCAGGUAUCAAAGCCAGUCUAUUAUGAAAUGCAUAACAAAACCGUUCGAACAAACGUUCCGUCUACAGGUACAUUUACCGAGAAAUCAGUUAUACGUGUCCCGAAUAAGUCCAAAAACGCAACUUAAUAAAAUUCUCAAGCAAGUAUGUUUCGAGAAAAAUCUUGAUCCUGCCAAGUAUACAUUAAGGAAACCAGACAAAUUGAACGAGCCCUUGGACUUGAGUAAAACAUUAGUUGAGUAUAAACUACAACAAUUGUCACUAGUGUUGAAUACUAAUAGCACUCUCAUUGGUGGCCUAUCUUCAGAUGACAUCAUGUCCCGGGCACCUAAAAAAUUUUCGUGUGAUGAUAGUUUGAGUAGUGGUAGUUUGGGUGGUAGAAGUUUGAGUCCGACUAGAUCAGAUGAAUCUUCAGACACCCCACGUAGACACCCAUUAAUGGUCAAAGUAUUGCCAUCUAGACCGGUCAGGAAAAGAAGACUAGCACCAAAACCACCAUCGCAACCACGAAAUGCUCCAGAACAAACAAUAAUUUCACAUUCACGAAAUAGUUCUGAUAGUAGUGGAUACCACGAAUCAUCAGUGCUUAGUGAUGCUGUAGAUUCCAGCAGUGUUGGAAUGACGAGGUCUGGGAAUUUUUCUCCUGCUAAAACGUCUGGCCCGACCAUGUCGCGUUCAAUGACCAAUCUCCAAGCUUGCGGACAAAAUCAGAACCAGUUUUCCGAAAUACCUUUUAUGUCUAACAACAUAGGUCAAUCAAAACACUCCGUAUCUACUACAUCACUAAUAUCUAUUCAAAGUCGUAAAAAGAAAGCUGCACCCCUUCCACCACUAGCAAAUAAGCCCAAACUCGCACCACCACAAGAAGAAUCUGAAAGUGAAUCAGAAACACAGAGAAAAUCGCAAACACUGCCUGUUACAACAAAACUGUAUAUAGCAGAUCCACAAGAAAAAUCAAAAACUGUUUCCAGAAUAGAACUGAACAAUAAUUUAGUUGAACCUAAUCUAUCCCCAGCAACUUCCUCGUUGUCAUCACUUAGUCGAUCCGAUGUAGAUAGAGAUUUGACUGAACCCACAUCUCCCACAUCCUCGAUUGUAAUAGGUUGUAAAUACUUAUCAAAAUUGGAAAAGAAAUCGAAACGACCAGCGCCUAAACCACCUAUACGAUCUUCGACCAUAAACCGACCACAGGCGUCCAGUCAACCUGGAGAUUUGUCAACAGUACCUCGAUUAUCUUCAGGUUCAACUGCCGACGAAGACGAGUUGCGUAUGGACGAUGAAGAAAUCGAUCGUAUAUUUGGAGAUGCAACUAGUGGUUACGAUACACCAUCUAUCAUUACCAUAAAAGAAAGCAACACAGAAGUUACAGAUAUUGAUUGGGAGUACAAAUUGCCUGACCCUCCUUCGGCAUUUAGAGAUGACCAUUCUCCUGCAAUGACGAUGUUCGAUACAGUAACCAUCGGUAAUCUUAAAGAUGUCGUCCUUCAAGAGGAACCUACUGUUAAUCCAGUUGAAGUGAAAGAAGAUAGCAUCACAGUUGAAGAGUCUGUAAAAAAAAUAAUUGGGGACGAAUACCAUUGUUUCCCUCAAGAUUCAGGAAUUGGAUCAGAUGAUUCAUCGUUGCCGUCGAGUUGUGAAGAAAAAAUUCACGCGGAUGAAAAACCCGUUAAAAUUGUUGAACCAAAAGAAUCUAAACUAAAUAAUUUUAAAAUUGUGGCUUACGAUGAAGAUUGUACUAGACCCACAGAGAUAUUCUGUGAUGAGUCGGUUAAAACGUGGAAGACAACACAAAUAGCUCGAGAAUCAAAUCCCGCAUACAAAACGCAAACCCCGAACUCCGUUAAUAGACACAAAUCGUUCAGUAUGGAUAGAACUAACUCGUCCGUAACAGUCAAACGGAGUACGUCACAUAUAAGUCUCUUGAGUGGUAAUAUAAAACCAUCCAAUCGGUUGGCCAACCACUAUAUUGGACGAACUUAUUCUUCUGAACGACUUAAUUAUGAUGAUGAGUCUCCAGUGAAAAGAUCGUUCAGCGUAGAUAAUAUAACAGAAGAUGCUCGAGAAAAUUGUCAAGAUGACAACGACAACCACAACGAAAUAAUACCAAAAAAAAUUGAACCUACAUUAGAGCAAUCUUCUCCCUUACACUCCCUUCAGAUAUUAAAAACGAUUCUCCCCCAAAUUGAAGAUCAUAAAGAAAAUACCAAAAAUAAUAAUUUAAGUUUUGAUGAAGUUUCUAAUAUUCCAAAUACAUCACUUUCGGAAGCAAUAUCAGAAAAAAACAACGAGAGUCCGUUUAAAGAGAAUGCACUCGAAACGAAUGUGUCAAAUCCAAAAAUAGAAACAACCGAAUUCAAUGAAUUUCGAACGCGUGUGGCUUUUCUGAAACCCAAGUGUCAAGAAGUUAUGUGUGAGCAAAAUUCUGCGACGGUGGAGACGCCAGCUACCGUUACACACGUUCAAUCAUCCAAAAAUAAACUUCACGGAGAGCCCGGUAAAAUCAAUAUAUUAGAUUUACGACGUGAAUUUCCUAACGACAAACCGGAAGCCCAAAUACCGGUCAAUAAAGACGAAAAGGUUAAGAGGUAUUUAUACACGGGCCCCCCGAAAAUCAGUCUAUCCACGUGGAACGAACGGCCCAAAAGGCAGGUGAGCAUCAAAACCGACCGGGACUACGUCAUUGGAAUUAGGCAGAGGUUACAGCGAAAGGCCGACGGCGAAGACACGAACAAGUCAUUGGACGAGGACUACAACUGCAAUAACAAGCCCGUGUCCAGGGUGCCGAUAGUGAAGUCGGUCGAACUGAAGAAACCUUACGCUGAACAAUUGCAAACGGCCAGCCCGGUGUUGGCCCUGUCCGAAGCGAUCAAAGCUCAAGCCAAACUCAGCAGCGGCUACAGUUACCACGGCAGUGCAAUCGUGCUGACGGGUGAAAAUGACGACAACGUAACAUUAAGACCGUUGGAAAAGAAAUCAUCCGCUGACCGCAGCUCGUACACUUUUGGUAAGCUAAUGGGCCGGUCAAGGAAACCCAGGGAAAUUUCAACGAACGUCGAUCCCAGGGAAAAUCUACUCGAGUCGAUCAGGUCGUUCGGAGGUAGAGACAACCUGAGGAAAAUUAGAGCGUAGUUCCAACAGACUUAUCACUAAACGCACUAACAUUUUACUCGAUUGUUAUAUCAAAUGGUUCGAAAUCGUAAUAACAUCAUAUAUUAUCGGCCCUUGUGUAUUAGAUAGUUAUAUUUGUUUCGCAUUAGAAGACGCCUCUGCAGAGACAUCACACUAAAGUCAAUUAUUUUUAAAGGUUUCCAUAACCUGUCAUCAUUUGAACUAUAAAUAAAUUGUCGAAUGUUGACUGCAGUUUAUAAUAUGACAUGUCCAAAUGCAGAAAUAAGACUUUGAAUUAUUAUCAUCUACUCGUGCAAUAUGCUCUUGUUCCUUGAUUUUUAUAAACGUGGUUUUUAGAUCAAAAUUACGAAACCAAAACGUGUACUCUGUUUCUGGUAAUUGCGAUUUGUUUAUUGAAUUCGUAAAUUGUAUUUUGUUGAAGAUCGCCAAAGUUAAUUCGAAUAACCGCAUUAUAUACUACUUGGCGCCCAACAAAACUUUUCGUUUGCAAUCAGUUCUGUUUUCUGUGUUUCUGUUGUAAUUGAAACACUGACUAACACCUGCUGAUGCUCAUUAUAGGUGUAAUACCUUUUUUAAUUUAGAUGUCCUAUUUAUUUAUUUUUCUUUUGUGUUUAUACAAAUUAUAGGCUCGAUAACAAUACUAAAGUCAUAACCAGAACCAAAUAUUUGUGACAAUUUGUAUUUUCAUUAUAUAUUUUACUCAUUUGCUCAAUAUUUCUAAAGUUAUAGAUAUCGUUUAAAAUUACUAAUUUUGGAGUUGUUUUCGUUAACCAAAAUGAUAUUUUAAAUAAUAUUUUAUUUUACGUACCUACGUUAUUAUUGCAAAUUAUUCACUAUAAUAGUCAUUUAUUAGAUAGAUUAUUAUUGUUACGACCUUUAGGAACCAAUAUAAAAGUGGUCAUUGUUAUUUAUAUUGUAU